AUGUCUUCCUCAACGCCCUUCGCCCCCUCUUCAGCCAACACAGGCCAACAUGAGGAUCAUACCCAUGCGAUAGCAUUCCUGUACAGCGAUAAAACAACAUUCUUAUUCGUGGAUUGCGAAUACCAUACUUGGUUGCUCGGGGAGCUACUUCGCCAUCAGUCAACGAGUGACAGCAUUGACGAUGUGAAGAUUGGAGUGAAGCAACUUGGUACCGAAGCAAACCCAUUGAUAUAUGACAAACCAUGGCUUCUUGAGGAUCGUAAUGUUUAUAGGAAUACACAUCAUAGUUUCGACGAUUACAUACGGACAGAUUCUUGGUGGACAGGUUGGAUACGGUGCUGCGACUUCCACCAUGGUUACCCUGCUAACCAACGCCGUAUAUGUCGGACCAGUCUCGCUUUGUGGAAGUGGAUGGAGGAAGAAAAACACAAAAUAGGUUCACCCAGAAGCAAGAGCGGUCAUGAUCGCUUCCCAGAUUAUAUUCUGCAGACGCUCUCUUGA